UAUACAUUCUGUGUUUCUAAUUGUUUUAGUGCUAUUGGAGGCUUUCAAGACAAGGGGUUCAAGCAUUUGUUUGGCACUACUCAAAAGUGAAAGUUGAAUGGGAAGGGGAGGGGAUGGAAUGCUUAGGAUAUUGAUCUAUCUUUGAUGAGAUAAUGCUAUGGCUAAAAGGAUAGUGAUGCAAGUGGGCUGACAGUAGAGUAGUGGAGGAUGAAGAUAUGGCUGAAAAUGAGGUGCACGUAUGGCGUAGCAAACGUGACAGGAAGGCUCUGGUUUGGCAAGAUGAUUAUGAUAUUUAUUACUUGUUUAUAGUUUUUAUAUUGUGUAAUUAAUAAUUAAAUGAGCGUAAUUAAGAGCUCCUUUCCCAAACCAUAGAGUUGCUGGAACCCCCCUGACUCGGAUGGGCAUUUUAGUCCAAGCAAAUUACAACGACUCUUUUUUGCCAAACGGCGUCAAUAUAACCCUAGAACAGUUUGAAGCGAACCAUUCUCAAUCCCCUUCCGUUCUCUGCUCUCUCUCGCUCUCGCUCGCUACAUUGAAUCUGUUCUCAAUCGAUCUCCCAAAGGCUCUUGAUCUUCGAUCUUGAUAGUUUGAAUCUCUGUCGUUCUUUAUUCUACAUUCAAUUUUGAUUAAUUUUGUUGAUCUCUUAACGGUCUAAUAUUGUUUUUGCAGGCCCUUUUCUUUCCGAAUAUAUAUUUCUGUUUACAGCUGUUGUUUUUCGCUUAUUUUAUUGUUUGUGUGUUAUUAACGUGAUGGAUGCAGGAUUAAGAAACUCUAUGGCAUCGAACAUGACUGGAUCCAGUUGUUUUCCUCUUCAGGAGCAGUAAGCUCCCAUGAAAAUGAAGGGCAUGGGAGAUACCUUGAUUUGCACGUGCUGCAUGGUGAAUAUAUCAACUUAAAAUUUGGUGAGCCAAUUGAAUAUACUCAUUAUCUUGAGGUCUUCUACAAACCACAAUUAAUUCCACGCAAACAGAAGUCAACAAGGCAGUACAUGGAAUAUUUGGAGAAGCUACUUGAGUAUUUGGUUUAUUUUUUUCAACGGACACAGCCUUUGCAGGAUAUUGAAAAGAUAUUUUCGAAGGGGAAGCAAUGGAGUCUGGUGGCGCCGGAGCUGCGAGAGUUUGUGGUGGAGGUGAAGAGGAUUAGUGAUCGUCUGAUGUUUAUCAAGUUGGUUUUGGGUGGGUGUGCGAUCAAUGUCGUGAGUGCUUAUGCCCCGCAUGUUGGCUUGGCAGACAAAGAAUUAAACAAUACGAUUAAAUCUAACACUGAGAAAGUCAUCAUUGGAGGCGACUUCUAUGGCCAUAUUGGAGACUCGGCCGAGGGCUUCGAGGACGUGCACGGUGGUUUUGGCUUUGGCAGCAGGAACCGAGUAGGAGUUUCACUCUUGGAGUUUGCCAGAGCAAGUGAUAUGGUGGUUGCUAACUCUUGUUUCCCUAAACGAGAUGACCAUUUGGCUACAUUUGUUUGUGGAGUGGGGACGACACAGAUCGACUAUCUUCUCCUGCGCAGGUGGGUGAAACGUAGGAGAGCUUCGAGUGGCAACACACAAAUCAGGUGGAGGAGACUAAGUGGGGAGAAUAUCUCUGAGUUGAUCAGGCGAGUGCAGGAGAAAGGUGCGUGGAAAUCGGCCGGAGAGGCUACUGAUAUGUGGGCGUGGACUGCUAACUGCAUCAGGGAAAGGGAAAUAGCCAGGGAAGUGUUAGGUGUGAGCUCUGGCUCUGGGAGUAGGCAUCAGGGUGAUUGGUGGUGGAGCGAUUCAGUCCGAAGUAAGGUGGAAGCCAAGAAGGUGGCAUACUUGAGGUACAUGGGCUGCAAUGUGGAGGAGGAAAGAGCGGCGUUACGAGUGGAGUACAAGAAGGCACGUAAAGAAGCUAAGUUAGAGGUUACAAGGGCAAAGAAUGCCGCUUUUGAACGCCUCUACAAGGAUAUUGAGAAAGGCGGUGUUAACCCACUGUUCCGGCUUGCUAAGGUGCGUGAGAGGAAGGCCCGAGAUCUGGACCACCUAGUUGGUGAAUUCGAAGAGCAGUGGACAAAUGGCAAAUUCGAAGGAUGGGGGAAUGAUUAUCAGGAAAAUGGUAGUGCUCCAAUGGAUCAUACUGUGAUUAAUCUUGACUAUUAUAAUACGGUUGAAGAAUUGAAGGAAGUUGGCCCUGAUAGGCUAAAGGAGGCACUAGCUGCUCUAGGGUUGAAGUCAGGAGGUACCAUCCAGCAGCGUGCCGAAAGACUUUUUCUUACUAAGCAUACACCUCUUGAAAAGUUGGACAAGAACCAUUUUGCAAAAGGCACUCAAGGUUCAAGGCAGAAUGGUGGUAUUGCUCUUCCACAUGUGAACAGAGAUGCAAAAGAUGUUGCGUUUAUGGAAGCAAAAUUAAGAAAGCUGUGUGAUCUAAUGGAGGAGACAAUAGUUCUUACCAAGGAAAAUGUUGAGAAGAAACAGGCUCAGACUUAUGGGGAAAGGGAGGCAGAACGGGAAGAGGAAGAAGAAGAUCAGCAGAUUUAUAACCCCUUGAAGUUGCCGAUGGGAUGGGACGGGAAACCUAUCCCUUACUGGUUAUAUAAACUUCAUGGGCUUGGUCAGGAAUUCAAGUGUGAGAUCUGGGGAACCACAGUUACUGGGGUCGUAGAGCUUACGAACGACAUUUCGAGGAAUGGAGGCAUCAACAUGGAAUGUGAUGCCUUGGCAUCCCAAAUACAUAAGAACUUCAACGAGAUUACAUCUAUUGAGGAAGCAAAACAACUAUGGGAGAGAAUCCAGGAGAAGCAAGGAGUUAACAAAUGGCGCCCGGAUCUUGAGGAAGAGUAUGAAGACCAAGAAGGAAACAUCUAUAACAAAAAGACAUACACAGAUCUGCAACGGCAGGGUUUGAUUUAGAGGUGAGGAGGUCAUUUAAUAGACGGAAUGGUUUGACAUUUUGGGAACAACUAAAUCUGGCUAUGUUACUCUGUCCUACUAUCUACUUUUUACUUUUCAGAAACCAAAGGCACCAUGUCUCAUGAUGUUAUCUUGCAGUUUUUCUUCAGCUUAGGCAUUAAUUCCAUAUGGUGCAUGAGGCUGGGGAAAGUUUGUAUUGUGUUGUGGUAGCACUGUAGAAAGUCUGUUCCCCAGUGCACAUGACAUGCAUGAGGCAUAUUUUGUCUAUACCUGGAUGGUCAAGUCAAGGAUUUAGGUUUUUUGUAAAUCUCUUUUUUCUAUGAAUGAAUGGGUAGCGGAUUU